UGUGAACCACUUCAGCCGGCGCGUAGGUUGUUGAUGAGUUUACGAGCGCGUACUGUGAGCAAUUCGCUACGUCUCCAAGAAUAUCGAGAAUACUAGCACUGCACAGCCUAGGCUACUGCUACUAUAUUGUAUUCAGCAAGCGGGGGCAAUAGGAUGUGAGGUUUGGCACGUCACACCUGGCGCAUGUAGGAGUGGUUGACGCGGCGCGCAACGACAAUGGACGGGCACGCUUCCCGCAUCGCCUUGCGCUAGGGAUAGGUGACGCGACGCACGCACCUACGAGCAGGCAUAGCUUGCUGCGUUCCGUCAAGGUCUGGUUUUGCCUAAGUAGUUUCUGCUACUCUACGUUGCUACAAUCUGCUAUUUGCUACAAUCUGCUAUUUGCUACUAUCUACUGGUUGUCACAAGUCUACGCUGCUACAAGAUCCGGCACGGAGAUCUUCAGCACUUAAAAUCACAGUACAACAAUUGGUGGAGGAUCAUGGUCGUUCUGCAUUAGCUACCUCUACCCAGCUAAUCCCCCAGCGGAAGAAGAAGAAGAGCGAAAGAAGAAGAAGAUGAGAAGAGAACCAGGCCUUCCAAUCGUCCAGCGGAAAAGGGAGAAGCAGACGGAGAAGAUGGAGAAGAAAGAACUAACAGAGGAGCAGCAGAUGAGCAGAAGAAGCGGAAGACUAACACGGCGACGAUAGGGUAAGCUACAUCGUAAAUUACAUAGCCACAAAUUUAUUUGGUUGGAAAUAAUUUAUUAACAGUAAAAUAGCUCGCGAAUUACCGAGCAGCGCGCGAAUUUUCGUAGUUGUAGCUAGCGUGGUAUUCGAAUUUUAUUACGGCGUAACGGUGACUCAAAGUGUCGAAAGGAGAGAUGUACAUUAUUAAGCCUAUGCGAUGAGAAAGGCGAAACGCCUAGCCGCUUCUAAAGUAUGACCUCGAAUGUUGCAAUUUAGGGAAGCCGCAUUCGGCGUGUUAUUAUCCCUACCAACAGAGGCAUACUACGGCACAAACUCACCCUAGUGGGUAAAUUAAAGGUGACGAUUGAGCUAAAACAGCUCCGCCCAAAAAUGGGUACGUCCGAUUUCGUCACGCGUCGCGUCAUUUUUGGGUCACGGCUGCUGCCGAUACCAUUUGGUCGAUACCACGACAUAGCAAAACCACGAAUUUAAAUUUUUAAUAAACAAAGAGUUGGCUAUGGAUCUGUGUUUACGAUAUGGCUUAGCCGGUGAUAUCUGUAUUUUUGUUUCGUCGUUUGUUUGUUUGUGUUUUGUUUUUUUAAUUCACCGAUUACUGACGCGUUUUAUAUGGUAAGAUAUGGUAUCCUUGUUUCGCCCUCCUUCCUUGCCUUCCCUGCCGAUACGAGUUGAGUUACCGAUGCAGUCUGUCGAAACCCUCCUGUGAUACGAAAAUGUGGCCACAUUUUUACUAGACAGCUGCAGCAAUAUCCCCCCUCAACUCGUUUCAAAACCGGAUUUUCCGUCCCUUCUCUACCCCAAGGAUUUACCAUCGCCAUCAAGCGUAAACGCGAUCGGUAUCUUGAAAACCGCCUCACAUGCGAGCACGGUAUACGCACGUGCAGCACAUCAUAUCAGCAUAUGAUUGCAGUGGGGCUGAUUGUUUUGUUUUGUAUCACUGUUCCUUGCAUUAUUGUCAUAAUGCACUGUAUAAACAACUUAUACCAGUUUAUUCUAUUUAGGUAGCGUAUUUUAGAAUAUAGUUAUUAUAUAUCGUUUUUAAUUGGAAAUACUUUUUCAUGAAGACAGCAAGCGGUGGCAAUAGGAUGUGACGCUUGGUACGUCACACCUGGCGCAUGUAGGAGUGGUUGACGCGGCGCGCAACGACAAGGGACGGGCGCGCUUCCCGCAUCGCCUUGCGCUAGGCAUGUAUGGGUGACGCGACGCACACACCUACGAGCGGGCAUCGCUUGCUGCGUCCCGCCAAGAUCUGGUUUUGCCAAAGUAGUUUCUGCUAGAUCCGGUUUCGAGCUGCUAUAUAAACAGCAAUUGACAAGCAAAAAAUAUAAGAUUUUAGAGAGAGAUAGACGAUGUAGAGAGCCAGAGAGGAGAGACGCCAGGCGGGUUCCAAUAUGGACGAAACCUAGGCUGUCGUAUGUAGUAUCAGGAAAUUGUCAUUAUUAACUUCUGGUAAUAUGUAUGUAUAUAUUUUGUAUGUGUUCGUGUUAUUAAUAAUUAAAGUCAUAGUUCAACAACGAAUCAGCGACUACGUCAUAUCUACUGGUUGUCACAAGUCUACGCUGCUACAAGAUCCGGCACGGAGUUCCUCAUCACUUAAAAUCACAGUACAACACUACUGCUGGGGGUAGGAAGGAUGAGACUGCACUUCCGCCUUUGCGGUUUAUGCUUUGCUGACAAAUUGUCAUUCACAGCGCAUCUCCUCGCAUCACGAAGCACGAGGGCAACGCUUUGCUCUCGCUCAUUUGUGCUUCAUAUCCAGUUCUAUUUGCUCGUGCCAGCAAACCCGACUUCCUUGCGAGUAUCCAGUGACAGAUUACUUCGCUUAGCUUCAACGCUUGCAUCGAUGCGUGUGAGAAUAGCUACUGUAAAGUCAUGUGGACGGCUGCCGUUCGCCUGCAGAAGAACUGUCGCUGUCAUUGCCGCAGUAUUUUGCAUUACUGCCCUGUGCUUGACAAUCAACUACGACCACGGCUCAUCUACUGGUGCGGGGCUAUGGCCACAAGAUGCCGAGGACCAGGAGGUGGGAGAGAAGUGGGAUAUGGUUGACCCGGAUGUCCACUCUGAGCGAUGGAUCGUGGUGACCUCCGUCAAUCAACCUACGGAGGACAUCCGCAAAAUGGCGUCGAUGUCAGACUGGAAGGUGGUCGUUGUAGGCGACAAGAAGUCACCGCCCGACUGGAGUGAAGCCAACUGCAUCUACCUAGGCCCCGAAAAACAACAAUCUCUAGGUUACGGAAUCUUGAAGAAGAUACCAUGGAACAAUUACGCCAGGAAAAAUAUUGGAUAUCUCUAUGCCAUAGAGCAUGGCGCCAAAUAUAUAUUCGACACCGAUGAUGACAACCAUCCGACAGAUAAUCUCAACAGUUUCGUAUACGGGCCUACGAUGACAGGACUAGUAACGGAGUGUGGUCACCGACAGAAGAUGCGGAGAUUCCUAAACCCGUAUGCCCACUUUGGACAGCCUACAAUAUGGCCUCGUGGAUUCCCACUGGGGGAAAUUGCUUUAAAUGUAGGAAAGAAAUACGCUUUCUGCAAGUUCAAAACGCCGGUUAUACAGCAAGGCAUUGUGAACGGCGACCCGGACGUGGAUGCCAUUUUCAGAUUAACUAGGAAGAAAGUGGGCCUAAGACUUAACAUAACAUUCGAUGGAACUGCCCCACCAGUUGUUCUUUCUCCUGGCACGUUCUCGCCGUUCAACUCACAGAACACGCUGUUCCAUCACGCGGCGUUCUGGGGUCUUCUGCUGCCUGUGACAACGACGUCACGAGUAUGCGACAUCUGGCGAGGUUACUGGGUGCAGAGACUGCUGUGGGAAACCGGUGAUCAGCUUGCCUUCUUCGGACCCACGAGUUUUCAACGUCGAAACUCGCAUUCAUACAUGAACGAUGCUAGCGACGAAGCAGACCUGUACUACAAAAGUAAUAGUCUCGUAGACCUGUUGCUUGAUUACCAGUGCAAGGCAGAUGACAUCUAUAUUUGUAUGAUAGAACUCACCAACGAAAUGGUCAGGCACGACUUCAUACAGCUCGACGAUGCUUUGUUAAUGAGAACGUGGAUAAACGAUCUCAAGGCUGUCGGUUACAAACCGCCAGCCAAACAACGGAGAACUGACGAAGUAAGAAAUAAUAACUGUCAUGCGGAGCAGGAUAAGGGCGUGGAGGUGCUAUUCGAACCGCGCCCGCAGCCUACAUCACUCAUCCACUCACCAUCUCCAAAAAGAGUUCUUCAGAACGAGGCUGCAAUUAAAUCGCUGCAGCGGAAUAUUUGUCCAGCAUUCGUACAAUCGCCGUCACGGGUUCCACAAUCCGGCUUGCUCUUUGAUGACAUAUUGCUCAUCAUAAUUUUCAAUGGUUACCAUACCGAUACAAUUCCCAUUCUCGAGGUCAUGUACCGUCCCAGCUUUCCCAAUAUUCUCUACUGUGGCGAAUUCCGCCCAGAACAAGAUAACCGCACUUUCGCAAACAUUAAAUAUUCUUUCUAUGCCGUUCCAAAGAUGGGGCUAGACGGUUAUAACUCGUACGAAUGCACGAUUGGCGCCAUUAGAAUGGGCUACAAUGUCUCCGGGUUCCUCGUCAUAGGGGAUGACGUCCGGUUAAAUAUCCAACAAUGGACUAAUCUAAAUAGGUCAGCAUUGAUUUUCGAUACUAUGGAUGUAAUUGAUCUACCGAAGGUACACUGCCGUUUUCGGACGCCCAACCGUUGUCUCCUUCCUAGUAAAGCCUGGCUUCUGGCCUUCUACCGCGAAGAGCUCGUGAAAACUUUUAAUCACCUGAAAUCUUCACCAACAAAAAGUUUGGAACGUCGCUGUUAUAAUAACCUCGUCACUGAAAACAGGGGCGAGUAUCGCUUCAAUAAUGAGCUGUCUGACGUCUACUACAUUCCUAGACGACUGGCUAGCGACUUUGCUACGUUAGCAUCUCUGUUCGCAGAAAAGGGAGUGUUUGUGGAGAUUGCCAUCCCGACGCUAAUACGCUGUUUGGACAAGCCGGCAAACGUACAGAAGGCGAAAUAUUUAUACAUAGUGGGUAGGAACAGAACAAAAGAUGCGCUGUGGACUCACUGGGAGGAAAGCCUUAACUAUCAUUCUUACCAUCCGUAUAAAUUGAGCCCCGUGUUGAAGAAGGACAGGUCUGACGUGCAGCAUUUCUGCAAACAGGUUCUACCGCGAAUGAGUAGCUGCCGGCCGACAUACUGGCAUUUAUGACGCAGCUAAAUUACUCUAUAGAAUUGUGCUAUGUAUAUAUAUAUCUUGUCAUGUUUGAACUUAUCUCAACUACUUAAACUAUAAUUCUUCAUGUCAAACAUCCACAGCGAACAGAUGAUCGUACUGUGCAAAUAAAUAGUUAAGUAUUAAACUACAAUCUUGAUGUAUUCGAAAUAAAAUUUCAACCUUUAUUAACAAUAAAUGUUUGUGUUCAUUA